AUGACCAACUUCAUCAUCAGCAACUUCAUCAUCAUCAACUUCAUCAUCAGCAACUUCAUCAGCAUCAACUUCAUCAGCAUCAACUUCAUCAUCAGCAACUUCAUCAGCAUCAACUUCAUCAGCAUCAACUUCAUCAUCAGCAACUUCAUCAGCAUCAACUUCAUCAUCAGCAACUUCAUCAGCAUCAACUUCAUCAUCAUCAUCUUCAUCAUCACCAACUUCAUUAGCAUCAACUUCAUCUUCAUCAACUUCAUCAUCAGCAACUUCAUCAUCAGCAACUUCAUCAGCAUCAACUUCAUCAUCAUCAACUUCAUCAUCACAAACUUCAUCAUCAGCAACUUCAUCAUCAGCAACUUCAUCAUCAGCAACUUCAUCAUCAUCAACUUCAUCAUCAUCAACUUCAUCAGCAACUUCAUCAUCAGCAACUUCAUCAGCUUCAACUUCAUCAUCAUCAACUUCAUCAGCAUCAACUUAAUCAUCAGCAACUUCAUCAUCAUCAUCAGCAACUUCAUCAUCAUCAUCAUCAGCAACUUCAUCAGCAUCAACUUCAUCAUCAACUUCAUCAGCAGCAACUGCAUCAUCAGCAACUUCAUCAUCAUCAACUUCAUCAGCAUCAACUUCAUCAUCAGCACCUUCAUCAUCAGCAACUUCAUCAGCAACAACUUCAUCAUCAGCACCUUCAUCAUCAGCAACUUCAUCAGCAACAACUUCAUCAGCAACAACUUCAUCAUCAGCAACUUCAUCAGCAUCAACUUCAUCAUCAUCAACUUCAUCAUCAGCAACUUCAUCAGCAUCAACUUCAUCAGCAGCAACUUCAUCAUCAGCAACUUCAUCAUAAUCAACUUCAUCACCAGCACCUUCAUCAUCAGCAACUUCAUCAGCAACAACUGGUAG